GCAGGCGCAGAAGCCGCUUCCGGCGCCGGCCUCCUCCAUGGCGGCAUGCGGUGGUGGGGCCGCGGGCUGAGGCAGCUCGGGGCCCGGCAGCGAGCUCCGCCCUCCGUCCGCUCGGGGUCCGGCGCAGGGAUGCCUAAGAAGGCCGCAGCGCCGAGCAAGGGGCAGCGCCGCAGCGGGGACGCCGAGCUGCCGCCGGGGCCCGUGACCGUGGACGCCGAGGGCCGCGUCACCGUCGCCGUCCGCGCCAAGCCCGGCUCCCGGCGGAACGCGGUGACAGGCGUGACGGCCGAGGCCGUGGGCGUGGCGGUGGCGGCGCCGCCGUCGGAGGGAGAGGCCAACGCCGAGCUCUGCCGCUACCUCGCCCGGGUCUUGGCGCUCAGGAAGAGCGACGUGGUCCUGGCCCAGGGUGGCAGAUCUCGCGAAAAAGUAGUGAAGCUUUUGGCCUCCACAACUCCAGAAGAAAUCUUGGAGAAAUUAAAAAAGCAAGUUGAAAAAGAAUAAAAGCAAGGAACGAAAAGUA